AUGUACGAAGGGAUUGACAACCUGAAAUCCCUUUACGACCGUGCCGGGAAGACUUUCUCCGGCGGUCCUUCUGCGGCACAGGAUGUGCCGCGUCGUACUGCUCAACCAGACCCAGUACGUCGAUCAUCAGUUGGGAGCGGGGCUCCCAAGAAUCCCAGGACGGGGGAUAGCCGCGCCACCGGACGAGAUAACUCGUCCGACGUCCGUUCACGUCGCGGUGGUUCAACAGCUGCUCAACUAGAUAGCGCUGGCCACCGCGAGAGUCCUCUAAUGGAGAGCUUCUUUGAUCGCGUAACGCAAGGGUUACGCGACGAUCUCGAGCAUGAGCGGGACAGGCGUCUCCAAUUGGCGGACACUGUCUUGGAGCAUCGAGCUGAGUUUGCCUUUGCUCAGCUUGAGAACGAGAGAGCUCUGACACCUCUUCGUGACGAGCUAAGGGUAGCUCGUGGGAUUGUUGAUCGGUCUCGGGCUGAGAUAACUGCUCUUCAGACCCUUGUUGAUGCCCACCAUCGGGAGCACAAGGCUCUCUGCGAGAUGCUUGAGCGCAAGGGCGUUCUUCAUCGGAAGAAGCAGCGUACUGAUGGUACGGCUUAA